AUGGCCGUCCUCAACCCUCUCGAUCCAGCUCUCCUCCCCCGGCUGAACAAGCAGUACAUCGACUUUUACAAUAUGAACCUAGCGAAUGUGCCCAUGAUCCAUCAGCUGCCAUGGGAUCCCUCUCUGCACUCUAUGAAAAGUGUAGCCGGCGGUGCUCCGGCCCUCCCCGUCUCCCGGACGCGCGAUCUUGAUCUCCACACCUUCCGUAUCCGGAUCUUUUACCCCGACACGGACACGGCCAACCCACCCGUUGUCAUCUGGUACCAUGGCGGCGGGAUGGUGCUGGGUUCCCUCGAAGCUGAUAACGCUCUCUGUACGCGCAUUGUGCGCGCGGCUGGAUGCGCUGUUGUGGCAGUCGACUACCGACUUGCCCCUGAGAAUCCGUUCCCAACAGGCGCAGACGAUGCGUGGACAGCAUUCAAGUACAUUGUCGAACACGGGAGCGAGCUCGGCCUCGACGCCUCUCGGAUUGGGAUCGGCGGCUUCAGCUCUGGCGGUAACCUCGCCGCGACAGUUAGCCAGCGGGCCGGCCUGGAGGGGUUUCCUCUCGCGUUUGUUGUCCUCAGCGUACCUGUUACCGACAAUACCGCAGGGCCAGAGAACUUUGCUUCGUGGAAGCAAAACCGGAACUGCCCCGGUCUCAAUGACGACAAGAUGUUAUGGUACCGGGACCAGUAUCUCCCCAAAACACUAGACCGUGCGGACCCCAGGUCUUCGCCCCUCCUUGCGCCAGACGAGUGGGUCGCUGUCUCGCCCGACUCGUACAUUGUACUCGCGGGCCUCGACCUCCUAUACUCUGAGGGGUUGGCCUAUUCCGAGAGACUCAAGAAGAUGGGAAAGGCCGUUGAUGUGGUUGUGUUCGAUGACUUGCCGCACCUGGCCAUGGCAAUGGAUGGGGUCCUUGAUCGUGCGCAAGAGUGGAACCUUGGCAUUUGCAACUACAUCGCUGAGCGAUUUGGGCAGCCGCCGGUAGUGCUGAGUGACCUGUAUGAAAGUCGCACCUGA